GAAACGCGCUGUUCUUCACCGCCAGUGCAUCACUGUAUUAUCCCAGACUUGGUACUACUUCACUUCAAGUUGCAGCCACUCAUACCCACUCCUUAUUGAAAAUCGGUGUCACCACCAAAUAAUUCGCUCCUCAGAGCUCACAUACAGCCGAACCCCUCCAAAGAGACAACCCCACUAAACAUUCUGCGGGCCCGUUUACCUUUUACUUCUCUAAAUACCUGCAGUCUUCCUUCGAUUUUUUUUUUUUUUCUUUUUGAAUCUCUCUGUUGCUCUUUCCCUCUAGACUCCGAAGGUGCACUGAAGGUCAAAUUGUGCAAAGGGCGAUAUCGCCAGCCUUUGGAGCGGGAUGUCGGUUUCCAUACAAGAGUUGGACAAUACUGUCCGAGCCCUCUAUGAAGGCAAAGGGGAUCUGCAAAAACAAGCCCAACAGACCUUAACAGAAUUUAAACAAAACCCUGAUGCUUGGUUAAUUGUGGGAAAUAUUCUCCAAGAGUCAUCGUAUCCACAGACUAAAUACCUUGCACUUCAAGUUUUAGAUGAUGUGAUCAUGACCCGGUGGAAGGUUUUGCCCAGAGAGCAGUGUCUAGGUAUUCGAAACUUCAUCGUCAACUUCAUUAUCGAAAACUCCAAAUCAGAGGAGGAGCUCAGGAGCGAACGCGCUUUUUUGAACAAACUCAAUUUGGUUCUCAUUUCGAUUCUGAAGCAAGAAUGGCCGCAUAACUGGCCAACCUUUAUCAACGAAAUUAUUUCGUCUUGCCACACCAGUCUUUCUAUCUGCGAGAACAAUAUGGCGAUUCUCCGCCUGCUUUCAGAGGAAGUGUUUGACUUUUCUCAGGACCAAAUGACCUCUGUAAAAGCCAGAAAUCUCAAGACAUCGAUGACACAGGAGUUUUCGUCUAUUUUCCAACUUUGCUCUGAAGUUCUCAGCACCGCAAACCAACCUAGUCUAGUCAAAGCAACCCUGGAAACUCUCCUUCGAUUUUUGAACUGGAUUCCCCUGGGUUACAUAUUCGAAACGCCCAUUAUCAAUACCCUUUUAACGAGGUUUUUGGACAUCCCGGAUUUUCGAAAUGUGACCCUUAAGUGUCUUACGGAAAUCGGUGGUCUGCAGAUUGGAAGCCCUUACAAUUACGAUGAAAGAUUGGUCCAUAUGUUUACCGAAACUCUUACUACAGUCUCGAAGACCAUUCCGUUGUCAAUGGACUUGAAACAAACCUACGCGAAGAGCAACUCUAGAGACCAGGAAUUUGUUCUCAAUCUGGCACUCUUCCUUUGCAGCUUUUUCAGUGCACACCUUGACCUUAUCGAAAAAUUGCCCAACCGAGAUUAUCUUACGCACGCACACUUUUACCUCAUCCGUAUCAGUCAGAUUGAUGACAGGGAAGUUUUCAAAAUUUGCCUAGAAUACUGGACGAGGCUUGUGCAGGAGCUCUACGAAGAGAUGCAGCAACUUCCAAUCACUGACAUUAACCCCUUGGUAAGCAUGGGUGUUAGUGGUCUGUCAAACGGCGGUGCCCCGCACCCUAGUACUCUGGCCAACUAUCCACUUCGCAAACAUAAAUAUGAAGAGGUGCUGUCAAGCUUGCGUACGGUCAUGAUCGAAAAGAUGGUGCGGCCGGAAGAAGUGCUGAUUGUCGAGAACGACGAGGGUGAAAUCGUUCGUGAGUUCGUCAAGGAAAGUGAUACGAUUCAGCUAUACAAGACCAUCAGAGAGUGCUUGGUUUACCUUACGCACCUCGACGUUGUUGAUACAGAAAACAUUAUGAUUGAGAAGUUGGCUAAGCAAGUCGAUGGAACUGAAUGGUCUUGGGUGAAUUGUAAUACACUUUGCUGGGCCAUUGGGUCCAUCUCUGGGGCCAUGAACGAAGAGACUGAAAAGCGUUUUCUUGUCACCGUCAUCAAGGACCUUCUCGGUCUCACUGAAAUGAAACGCGGAAAAGACAACAAAGCCGUUGUUGCCAGUAACAUCAUGUAUAUUGUGGGGCAGUAUCCUCGUUUCUUGAAGGCACAUUGGAAGUUCUUGAAGACAGUUGUCAACAAGCUGUUUGAGUUCAUGCACGAGACACACGAAGGUGUCCAGGAUAUGGCAUGUGAUACAUUUAUAAAGAUCGCCAACAAGUGCAGGCGCCAUUUUGUCGCCCUCCAACCCGGUGAAAAUGAGCCUUUUAUCGAAGAAAUUGUUCGCAACAUGAGGAAAAUCACCUGUGACCUUUCGCCACAGCAAGUUCAUACCUUCUACGAGGCAUGCGGUUAUAUGAUUUCAGCGCAGGGCCAAAAGGGUCUCCAGGAUCGGUUGAUUGAAAACUUGAUGUCACUACCAAAUUCGGCUUGGGAUGCCAUUAUCGCUCAAGCCAACCAGGACCCAUCAAUUCUUCAGGAUGGAGAAACGAUUAAGAUCAUUGGAAACAUCAUGAAAACGAAUGUGGCAGCAUGCUCUUCAAUUGGAACUUACUUUUAUUCUCAAAUAGGCCGCAUCUAUCAUGACAUGUUGAACAUGUUCCGGGCCUCCAGUCAACUUAUUAGUGACGCUGUUGGACAUGACGGCAACAUCGCGACAAAGACUCCCAAAGUUCGAGGACUUAGGACAAUCAAAAAGGAAAUUCUCAAACUCAUCGACACUUACGUACAGAAAGCCGACGAUUUAGAGAUGGUCAGCGCAAACAUGGUCCCAGCGCUGCUUGAAGCGGUUCUGGUGGACUAUAGUCGAAAUGUCCCUGAUGCGCGAGAAGCAGAGGUCUUGAACGUCAUGACAACGAUUAUACAUAAGUUACACAACUUGAUGGAGGACAAGAUACCACUUAUUAUGGAAAGCGUCUUCGAAUGUACGCUGGAAAUGAUCAACAAAGACUUCCAUGAAUACCCGGAACACCGCGUUCAAUUCUUCAAAUUACUUCAGGCGAUCAAUCUAUACUGCUUCCCUGCCCUACUUAAACUUGAUGCGUCACAAUUCAAGUUUGUGAUUGACUCAUGCAUGUGGGCCAGUAAACAUGACAAUCGCGAAGUUGAAAAUACAGGGCUCACAAUGUGUCUGGAACUCAUGAACAAUAUGGCUGAGACUGAUGCCCAGACAUCAAGUAUUUUCUUCCGUCAAUUUUAUAUCGCAAUUCUCCAAGAUGUGUUCUUUGUUCUCACUGAUAGUGACCACAAAGCUGGAUUCAAAUCACAAGCUAUGCUCUUGUCACGCAUGUUUUACUUUGUCGAAUCUGGCAAAGUGCAGGACCCCAUUUACGCCCCCGAACAAGCACCUCUGGGUACAUCUAAUAAGGAAUUCCUGCAAGAGUAUGUCGCCAACCUUUUGCAGAACGCCUUUAAAAAUCUUCAGGAAAUCCAAAUCAAGCAAUUUGUCAUCGGGCUGUUUAUGUUCAAUGAUGACUUUAAUAAGUUUAAGACCCACUUGCGAGACUUCCUAAUUUCAUUGAAGGAAUUUGCUGGCGACAACGCAGAGCUUUAUGCGGAGGAAAGAGAGCAAGCUUUGCGGGAUUCUAAAGCCGCCGAAAGAGAUCGCGCAAUGAGGGUAGGAGGUUUGUUGAAGCCAUCAGAAAUGGACCAGGAGGAUGAGCUAUGACUUGAAAAAGAAGUUCGCAGCGAAUUCGCGAUCCGCUCAUCAACUGGGACUGAGUAUACAGGGAAGUCCAACUUCCCUGCGGGGAACGACUCCUUUGAUGGCUGGUCCCUUUAUGGGCUGUGACGUGAAUCGAACUGCCCAAAUGUCAGUCAUCAUCUCAUAGGUGUAUUUUUUUGAACCUUGAGUAGCGUCCGUCUAUUUUCCCUACUUAGUUCCUCUUUUUUGGCCGGACAUCCUUUCACUUUCAGUCUUGGAAUUCCCUGUGUCCAGUGGCUCAUUUUCUUUUAUUGGCCUUUUUUUAAUUAUUAUUACAUAGCUGUUCAAUGAUCGCUUGUCGGGUG